ACUACUGCCGCCGGCCAGUCGCUGUGCCACUGUCGUUGCUAACGCGCCGUUAUCCGUCCGUAGAGUCUGUUUUGCUAUUCAUCUUCAACAAUUGUGAUUUUUUAUAGUAUAAAAUUUUUUUUCGCAUGACUCCAAAGACAGCUACCGCUAUCUCAAUUACUUUCCUCAACAAUCAUCAUAAUCUAUCGGUUAGGUUUUGAAAAAGAUUGAAUUAAAAUUAUAAAAACCCAUACAUGGAAUGUGCUAUUUAUAAUAGUUAUUCUAACAAUAUGUUUAUAAAAAUAAAAGUCGUGACAAGUAACUAAUGAUGGAGACUAUCACAAAACGGAAACUAUGCUCAUAAAUAACAGCUUUGCUGUCGGAAAGUAAAAUAUUCUCAAAUGUAUCGAUUUAGCUUAGACAAGUUGACGCGGAAAGUCAAAUGAUAGGAAACUUAUCGGGAUCAGCUUAAAGUGUUUCAAUUACAUAAAGUACUUAAAAUUCAAAAUAAAUGAUUUAUAAAGAAUUAUGAGUGUUAUAAAUGACAUUAAUGUCAAUCCAAAGACUUCACUUAACAAUAUCACCAAUAAUAAUCCAGCUAACAACGUCAAUACCAUUAAUAGCAAUGUCAAUGCCAAUAAUAACAACAAUAAUGCGGCGACAAACAAUCAGACCAAACAAGUGGUAAAAAGGCCUGCCAGGAGACCUGGAAAGCAACUACCAGACCGUCCACAGAGGGCAUUAUGCUGUUUGACUCUUAAAAAUCCGUUGAGGAAGUUGUGCAUAGAUGUAAUAGAAUGGAAACCAUUCGAAUAUUUAAUUUUGUUAACAAUUUUUGCGAAUUGUGUUGCUUUAGCAGUUUACACUCCCUAUCCAUGUAACGAUUCAAAUACAGUUAAUGGAUAUUUGGAAAAUAUUGAACGUGUAUUUUUGGUUAUAUUUACUUUAGAAUGUAUUAUGAAAAUAAUUGCUUACGGAUUUGUAGCUCAUCCAGGUGCUUAUCUAAGAAAUGGAUGGAAUUUCUUAGAUUUUACCAUCGUCCUUAUGGGAGGUAUAAGUUUCAUAAAUAAUUUCGAUGUAAAGGCCCUGCGAGCUUUUAGAGUAUUGAGACCAUUGAGACUGGUAUCGGGAGUUCCAAGCUUACAAGUAGUGUUAAAUUCUAUUCUUCGUGCUAUGGUUCCUCUACUACACAUUGCUUUGUUGGUUUUAUUUGUUAUCAUCAUUUAUGCGAUUAUCGGUUUGGAACUAUUUUCUGGAGCAUUGCACACAACUUGCUAUAAAAAUAAUACAAGAAUGGAUGAUCCCCAUCCAUGUGACGACGGGCUUUCUGGCGAAAUUAAUGGAUUUGAUUGUAGUUCAUACGGACCAAAUUAUUACUGUGACUACUGGGAUGGACCCAACUGGGGAAUAACAAACUUUGACAAUUUCGGUUUAUCUAUGUUGACUGUUUUUCAAUGCAUUACACUUGAGGGAUGGACUGACGUUUUAUACAAUAUCGAAGAUGCAUUGGGAAGUAGUUGGCAAUGGAUUUAUUUCGUAUCCAUGGUUAUUCUUGGAGCCUUUUUCGUCAUGAAUCUCAUUCUCGGUGUGUUGAGCGGAGAGUUUUCGAAAGAAAGAGAAAAAGCUAAAGCAAGAGGAGAUUUUCAAAAACUCCGAGAGAAGCAACAACUUGAAGAAGAUUUGCGUGGUUAUUUAGAUUGGAUAACUCAAGCAGAAGAUAUAGAACCAGAUCUAGAUGAUAAAGACGAGUCUACUAAUAGGCAAAACAAUAAUUUUAAUGAAAAUAAAUCUACCAAUCGAGUUGAAGGUGAUGAAUUGGAUCACAAUAAAUCUUGGUGGAAAAAAAAACGAAAAGAAUUUGACAAACUCAAUCGUAGAGCAAGGAGAGCUUGCCGAAAAGCUGUCAAAUCACAGGCAUUCUAUUGGUUAAUUAUAGUUUUAGUUUUCUUUAAUACUGGCGUUUUAGCUACUGAACAUUAUCAACAAGAAGAAUGGCUUGAUGAUUUUCAAGAAGUUACCAAUGUAUUUUUUAUUACACUCUUUACAAUGGAAAUGUUACUGAAAAUGUACAGUCUUGGGAUUCAGGGGUAUUUUGUUUCAUUAUUUAAUCGUUUUGAUUGCUUCGUUGUUAUUGGAAGCAUAACGGAAACGAUUUUAACAAGAUCGCAACUAAUGUUACCGUUAGGAGUAUCAGUAUUACGUUGCGUUCGAUUACUCAGGGUUUUCAAAGUUACUAAAUACUGGAGAUCUUUAUCAAAUUUAGUCGCUUCGUUACUCAAUUCAAUACAAUCAAUAGCAUCUUUACUUCUAUUGCUCUUUUUAUUUAUUGUAAUAUUCGCCUUAUUAGGAAUGCAAGUAUUUGGAGGAAAGUUUAACUUUGAGCUUACUGAAUAUAAGCCCCGUAGUAAUUUUGACACUUUUUGGCAAAGUUUACUUACUGUAUUUCAGAUAUUAACUGGUGAAGACUGGAAUGUGGUGAUGUAUAAUGGUAUAAGAGCAUACAAUGGGGUUUCAUCACCUGGCGUUUUGGCUUGCAUAUAUUUUAUAAUUUUGUUCAUAUGUGGUAAUUAUAUAUUACUAAACGUUUUUUUGGCUAUUGCUGUGGAUAAUUUAGCUGAUGCUGAAUCCUUGACGGCUAUUGAAAAAGAAGAAGAAGAACAACCAGAUAACCAACCAAAAUCUCGGAGUAACAGCCAGUCUAUUGAGAGAGAGGAUGAGUAUCAAGGGGAAAAUUCGGAGAGUAUAUCUGUCGAAGAAGAAUUAUCUGAAGAAUCUUCAUCGAAAAAAGAAGAGGAUGAUAGCAGUAGUAAUAUUAAAAUUGAUUUAGAAGGAGAUGAGUCUGACUAUGAACCCGAAGAAAAUCAAGAGUAUGAAGAUAAUGGUGAAAUACGUUUACGCCGAACUUCUGACUUUAACGACGUUAACAAAACAUUACCUAUUCCUCCAGAAUCAUCUUUUUUUGUCUUUUCCAAUACUAAUCGUUUUCGUGUUUUCUGCCAUUGGUUUCAUAACCACGCGUAUUUCAGCAAUUUCAUACUGGUUUGUAUAAUGGUCUCCUCUGCGUUACUAGCCGCUGAAGAUCCACUAAAUGGCGAGUCUGAUAGAAAUAAUGUACUGAAAGGAUUUGAUUAUUUUUUUACGGCUGUUUUUACUGUGGAAAUAUUUUUCAAGAUGAUUUCUUAUGGUUUUGCUUUGCAUGAUGGCGCAUUUUGCCGUUCUUUUUUUAAUCUUUUAGAUCUUUUAGUUGUUGCUGUGUCAUUGGUUUCAGUGUUUUCAAGAAAUGCUAAUGCUGGAACUAUGUCGUUGGUAAAAAUUCUGCGAGUCUUGAGAGUAUUAAGACCUUUACGUGCAAUAAAUCGAGCCAAAGGUUUAAAACAUGUAGUUCAAUGUGUCAUCGUUGCGGUUAAAACGAUUGGAAACAUAGUUCUGGUUACGUGCCUCCUUCAAUUCAUGUUUGCCGUAAUUGGAGUUCAGUUGUUUAAGUAUGUAGUGAAAUGCGUGAUAGUUGCAAUUAAAACCAUCGGAAAUAUCAUGCUGGUCACAUAUUUACUACAAUUCAUGUUUGCCGUCAUAGGAGUACAACUUUUUAAGGGAAAAUUUUUUAAAUGCAAUGACAUUUCCAAAAUGACAGAGGCCGAAUGCCAAGGUAUUUACUUGACAUUUGAACAAGGUGAUGUAGAGCAUCCUAAAGCUGAAGAUAGAAAAUGGGAAGCAAAUUCAUUCCAUUUCGAUGAUGUUGCCAAAGCUAUGCUUACUCUCUUUACCGUAUCAACAUUCGAAGGAUGGCCAUCACUUCUACAGACAUCAAUGGAUUCAAAUGAAGAAGACCGUGGACCAAUACAUAAUUAUAGACCUAUUGUAGCGGCUUAUUACAUCAUAUAUAUAAUUAUUAUUGCAUUUUUCAUGGUCAAUAUUUUUGUGGGUUUCGUCAUAGUUACUUUUCAAAAUGAGGGUGAACAAGAAUACAAAAAUUGUGAACUUGAUAAGAACCAAAGAAAUUGUAUUGCGUUUGCGCUUAAAGCUAAACCUGUUCGACGUUACAUUCCUAAACAUCGGUGUCAGUAUAAAGUAUGGUGGUUUGUCACGUCACGACCUUUCGAGUACACUAUAUUCAUGUUGAUAAUGGUCAACACAAUUACGUUGGCUAUGAAAUUUGUCAAUCAGCCUGCUUAUUAUGAUGAUAUACUGAACUGGCUAAAUUUGUUCUUUACAGCGGUGUUUGCUUUAGAAUUUGUUUUUAAACUGGCGGCUUUUCGUUUUAAAAAUUACUUUGGUGAUGCGUGGAAUGUACUUGAUUUUAUUAUUGUAUUGGGAAGUUUUAUUGAUAUUGUAGUUGAAAAUCUAUCACCAAAUACUGACAGUGUACCUAAGAAAAAGGGAAGGAAAUUAUCAAUUAAUUUCUUCAGAUUAUUUCGUGUUAUGCGUUUAGUAAAGUUGCUCAGUCGUGGUGAUGGUAUCCGUACUUUGUUAUGGACUUUUAUUAAGUCUUUUCAAGCUCUUCCAUACGUAGCUCUUUUAAUUGUCAUGCUCUUCUUCAUUUACGCUGUCAUCGGAAUGCAAGUGUUUGGUAAAAUAUCAAAAAGUGGAGAAAAUGAUUCAGCUAUUACAAGAAACAAUCAUUUUCAAACAUUCCCACAAGCAGUUCUCGUUUUAUUCCGUUCAGCUACGGGUGAAGCGUGGCAAGACAUUAUGAUGUCAUGCUCGUAUAGACCAGAUGAAGUUAAGUGCGAUGAGAAAUCUGAUAUGUAUAAUCAAGUUCCUAGUUGUGGUUCAGAUUUUGCGUUCCCUUAUUUUAUAUCAUUCUAUGUACUUUGCUCAUUUCUCAUCAUCAAUUUAUUUGUUGCUGUAAUAAUGGAUAACUUUGACUACCUAACAAGAGACUGGUCUAUUCUUGGACCUCAUCACUUAGAUGAGUUUAUUAGACUUUGGAGUGAGUAUGACCCGGAUGCCAAAGGUAGAAUAAAGCAUUUGGACGUAGUAACAUUGUUGAGAAAGAUAUCACCGCCGUUGGGUUUUGGAAAACUAUGUCCACACCGUGUUGCUUGUAAGAGAUUAGUUUCGAUGAAUAUGCCUUUAAAUAGUGAUGGAACUGUACUUUUCAAUGCCACGUUAUUUGCGGUGGUCCGAACAUCUUUACAUAUCAAAUCUGAAGGAAAUAUUGAUGAUGCUAAUGCAGAGCUUAGAGCAGUUAUCAAGAAAAUUUGGAAACGAACAAGUCCAAAACUUCUCGAUCAAGUUGUUCCACCGCCCGGAGUCGAUGAUGAAGUAACUGUGGGCAAAUUCUACGCCACGUUUUUAAUCCAAGAUUAUUUCCGGCGAUUUAAAAAACGCAAAGAACAAGAACUGAAAGAGGGCGACAAAGAAGCCCGAAAUACUGUUACUUUACAGGCUGGAUUAAGAACUUUGCAUGAUGCUGGACCAGAAAUUAAAAGAGCUAUAUCCGGUAAUUUAGAUGAGUUAAUUGAUGACAAUCCCGAACCGUCGCACAGGAGAAAUCACUCGUUAUUUGGCAGCGUGUGGUCGUCAAUGAGACGUAGGACAGGAAGUUUAAGACGGUCAUUUAGAAUAAGCAAUACGCAUUCCAAAAAAAACAAACACAAAAAUUACUUACAAGUUUCUGGACGAAAUAUUGUCAAGUUGUCUCCUACAAGCUCAAUGGAAAUAGAUUACUUACCCAACAAUUUUACGAAAGAACAAAUGGAUGCCAAAAUAAAAAAUGGAGCCGUUUCGCUUCAUAGAGGAUAUCCUCGUAACAAAUGGCUACUAAACAGAAGCUCUCAUGCCGAUGAUAACUUGUCCAACAUAAGCAAGCUAAGUGUAUCAACGCCAAAAAGUAAUGCUGCUAAAUUGCUAAUUGAACACCGCAAUAACCGACGAUCCGUUCACAUAUAUCAUCGCGCUUCGUUUCAUUUUAAAGGUACUAGAGACGAAAUGAGCGAAGCCGCAAUUCCUUUAACUAGAUUAUCUCAUUCGAUGCCUGGUAGUCCUGUAGAUGACGAUGGGUUAAAUGGAACUGGAGUAAUUGGGUCUGCGGAGAGUCUUGUAGGAAGGAUAUUAGUGGAACAUGGUCUUGGAAAAUAUUGCGACGUUGAGUUUGUACAAAAUACUUCUAAAGAACUUCGUGAAGCGUUGAACAUGACAAAAGAAGAAAUGGAUUCUGCUGCCCAUCAAUUGCUGGUACGGGAACAGCAAGGCCGUCCUAUAUCUUUCCACGAUGAAGACGGCGAAUACGUUUAAAAAAUAGAUUUCAUCUUUCCAAUUAUACUUAAAUUAUAAAAAAAGAAACGAAAAUUAAUUUAUUAAUAUUAAGGAAUUAAAAAAUAUGUAGAUAAUUGUUAUAGGCUAAGUAUUCUCUAUUCAUAAUAAUCAUUCAACCUGAUGUGUCCAAUUUAAGUGCCUAACAAAAAGAAAAAGAAAAUAACAAAAGUAGGGAUCAGUGGUUAAUGUGAUAAUGGAUUUUUUUCCAUAAAAUAGUAUUAAAUUUUUUUUUUCAAUUAUCUUAAUUUUUGCUUUAAUCCACUUAACCCAUUCGAAUACGUAAUUCCGUAUGGGUAAAUUUUACCAUGUGUGCCUAGUCAUACGUUUUUCGUUAAAAAUUUUGAGUUUUAUUCGGAUAUUAUAAGGUAUGUUGUUAUUAUAAAUAUAUUUUUAUCGUGAUUGCUAAUUUUUGUAAAUAUAUAUUUUAUUGGUUUGUACUGUGAUUUUUAAUUUGCUUUACUGUAUUCAUUAAAUUGUUUUGGUGCUGAUAAGUAUAAUAUUAUACAUUGUAUUAGGUUAAUGAAUAAAUUAGUAUGUUAUUUUGUUGUUUAUAUUAUAAACUUGAAAUGUUUAAAAAUUAAAAAAGAGUAGU